AUGCCCGCGGUGAAGAAGAGGAAGGAGGAAGCGGUGAUACUGCUCGGGGCCAAAUCGCCUGCGGCGGCCGCACCCUCCUCCGCAGGGAAGGGCAGUGACAGUGCUCGCGCUUCCCCAACCCGAUCGUCCUCACGAGACUUGGGGGAGCGUCCUCUGGAGGAGGCAGCCCCCAUAGCCCUGCUGGCUCCAGAGGUGCUGGUGUCCGGCUCGGUUGCCAGGGCCUCCAGAGCUCUGGAGCCCCCAGCCUCCCAGGCCAUGGUGACGAUGUUGCCUCCUCCUUCUCCUGCCGCGCAUCUGACCCCGGAUCCUUCCGCCUCCCCUGACAUCUUGGAGCGCGCUCUUUCUGCGCUAACCCUGCUGCAGGAGGAUCUUCAAGGCGCCGACCGUCGCCUGGCGGCAUUGAGCCGGGUUGCAGCGGACUCCGAGAGGGACACGCAGGCCAUCGCCCAAGCUGCAGCUGCCCGCGAGGUGGCGCUGAAGGAUGCCGGGGCCGCCCAGGAUCGCUGCCGGUUGCUGGAGGCCGAACUGAAGACCAUGCGUAGUGAGGGUGCGGACGAAACUCGGGGCCGCAAGGCGGAGGAGGAGAAGAUGAAGGCCUGGGAGGACGCCGUCAGGGGUCGCGACGCCGAGCUAGAGCAGUUGGCGAAGGCACAGGCUUCGGAGCGCAGCCGGUUGGAGAAGCUGGAGCAGAAGGUGGAGGCGGAGAAGGCCGAGCUGGAAGCCAAGGCGAAGGUCUUGGCUGAAGACCGCGCGGCCUUCAAGUCCCUCGAGGAGAGGUCCCGCGUGGCGCUGCGGGCACUCUACGAGAAGGGCUUGGAGGAGCCGCUGGCUACAGACGACGAGGGCCCUACCCAGCUGCUUCCUCAUCUGGUCGCGGCGCUUGAGGAAGUCGUGGGCGGUAUCGGCCCCUUGGUGGAGGGAGAGGCCCGCACUCUUUCCUCGGCCGCACUGACGCGCAUCUUCAGCCACCUCCAUCUUCGCGAUCCUACCGCCAACCUCGACGAGCUGCUGGAGCCUGUGGACGACGAGCGUUGCGCAGCUGCCGCCGAAGCCAUGAAGGAUCAGAUGGAGGCUUUGCUGAAGAGGUUCCGCGCCUUCGAUCCCGCACCCUCGACUGGCGGUGCUGCUGAACCUGCAACUCUGGUGGGCGGUGAAGGUGAGAGCAACGCUGCCGUGGAAGAAGCAUCCCUUGCAGGUGACUACGGCGUCCGGGGAUGA